UUUUAAUUAUUCGUCUAGUAAAUUGUGACGAGUAGUAUAUUGAAAUGGGUUAAUUAGAAAGGGUUUAUUACAUUGAUUUAUGAAUUGUCUAUAUAGGAGUACCAUGAUUUUCCAAUUCCGAGCAGAGCCAUAAUCCUCUCUAGACUAAUGAGUGCCUUUCUCACCUCCCCAAGGGAGACUCUUCUUUUUAUGAAGUACCAUUUCGUCUCCUUCCUCAUCCAUUACAAACAAGGUAGGACUAUAUUACUGUAGUUUCAUUUUUUAAGGUAGAGCUCAUGGAUCGUUCCUCAUUAUAACCUAUGGUUGAACAGUGUUUUGGACCAUAGUUUCCUAGGGGUCAAUGCUUUUUUCCUACUUCAGCUCUACUGCAUUACUGUUCAACUGUCCUGAGAGUGUCACUUUCUCAAGAAAGAGAGAGAGAGUUUCAUUUCAUGACAAAAAAAUGAAAUACAACAACAAGAGAUAGAUUCCUCUAUAGUCUGGCCUCAAAUCAGUGAUCCAUUCAAAGCUCACAAUUAUGGAUCUCACAACCCCAAAAUAUUUUGAAGAUCCAACCUUGUUUGCAUCCCAUCUGGAACCACCAUUAGAGGGAAAAAGUGGAUUCUACAAGAACCCUUUUGCUGAUACAUUCCCAGACCCACUAUGCAAGCUCAAUCUCAAAGAAACAUCUGAGUUUGUCAAGUCAUUCCCAAUGGCAAGCAGUGGCCAAGAAAGAGGCUUUCUUGAUGUUUCAGCUCAGAGGAUGAGAGAGGGGAUGAGUUCAGUCACAAAGAGGCAUGUGGAGGCUCCUUCAACACCUGGUAGACCUAUUUUCAGCUUCAGUGUUGCCAAUCUCUCAAGAAAGACCCAACCUUCAAAGUGGGAUGAUGCAGAGAGGUGGCUUAUCAGUAGUAGUUCUUGUCAGGACUCACCUGCUCAUCACCAUGGCUUGAAGCUACUAGAGUCCUCAAAAAUGGCCAAACAAUGUGAUGGGCACAACAAGCAUGAGGUCAUUGCAGAGAAAUCAAGAGUUACAGAGGAAAAGGUCUCAAAGGUAGUUUCAAGCCUUCAAGGGCCUUUAUCUUUGGACCAUCAUCAUAACUCAGCCAGAGCUUUCAAUGGGGUUUCAGCUUCAGCAGAGGUACUUCUAAAAGAUAAGUUCACAAAUGAGGAAGAACCCAUCGUGCCCAAAUUUAGAUGCUCAGAGCCCAUGAAAGAAGUGUUUCUGUUUGGAAACUCAGCAGACAAGUCCAUGAAAGAUGCAGCCACAGAGGUGGUUCAUGAUAUUAAACACAGAGACAUUGGAACGGAGAUGACUCCUCUCGGCAGCUCCACCACUUCGAGAUGCCACACGCCGAUCAAGAACUCGUCGCCGGCGCGUCACAACACGCCAGCUAACAGGUCAGGCCCGUUGGCCCUGACGAGCUCCAGUAGUAUUAACAACAGUACCAUUGACAUUACAGAGUUGCAAGAGUGCCAUUUAGCUAAGCUACAGCUUGGGACACAAUUCGAUUCCGUCACAACCAAUUGGAGCUCGAGGGAAGAGGAGGAAGAGGACAUAUCAAAGAGCUUGAGACAUUUUGAAAUGAGCAAUGAGUGCAGGAAAAGUGUCUCGGAGUCUAGAACUUGUGCAUGGGAGGAAGAGGAAAGGACUAAGUUCUGCCAAAGGUACCAGAGAGAAGAAGCCAAAAUUCAAGCUUGGGUGAACCUACAAAGUGCUAAAGCAGAAGCUCAAUCAAGAAAGCUUGAGGUAAAAAUCCAGAAGAUGAGAUCAAAUUUGGAAGAGAAACUGAUGAAGAGAAUGGCAGUUGUUCAUAGAAAAGCAGAGGACUGGAGAGCAACGGCGCAACAGCAACACUCUGAGCAGAUUCAAAAGGCUACCGAGCAAGCGCUGAAGAUAAAGAGCCAGCAAAACUCCCAUUUCUCUGUAAACAGGUCUUGCGGUUGCUUCCCUUGUAAUAACCAUCACCACUAGAAAGUAGAAACCUGCUUUGUGUAUCUCAAGUCUUGAGAUGAGUACCAUUUUUUUUUUUUGUUUUUUUUCUCUCAGAAACGAUAUCUUCUAUAAAUCUAAUGAGAAAUUCCUAACCUCAGGUUAA